UCUGCCGAUAGCUUAUGCGAGCCGUUCUGCCGUUACUUUUUAAAAGAGAAUGAACGAGCUUCUUUCUUCUGCUCCGACCUAGGGUUUUCCUCUGAACCAGAAAAACCCUGAGUAUCUCGCUCCUUCUCUCUCUGUCCGUGUAUGUCAGGUAGAGAAGGCGGGUAAUCAGAACCUCGACGAUGUCUGGUGGCUUCUUUCGAGGUACGUCUGCCGAUCAGGACACUCGCUUCUCCAACAAGGAAGCGAAGCUGCUCAAGUCGCAGAAAUUCGCUCCCGAGUUAGAGCAUACGGUCGACAUGACGAAGGUGAAGUUGGAUGUCAUCAGGCCGUGGAUUGCGAACCGAGUUACCGAGCUUCUUGGCUUCGAAGAUGAAGUUCUCAUCAAUUUUAUCUUUGGGCUUCUCGAUGGAAAAGAUGUGGAUGGAAAACAAAUUCAAAUCCAGUUGACGGGUUUCAUGGAGAAGAAUACCGGGAAGUUUAUGAAGGAGCUGUGGAGCUUGUUGGUUAGCGCACAGAAAAACAUUAGUGGUGUACCUCAGCAAUUUUUAGAUGCUAAAGAGGAGGAAGCAAAAAAGAAGAAGGCUGAAGCAGAUCGUAUUAGCCGGGAAAUUCAGCAAAAGAGGGAAAAGGAAAAUCGUGAAAGUGAGUGGGAGAUUAAAAAGAAGCUGGGUGACGAGAAUAAUGACUCAAGAAUCAUCAAUCAUGCUUCUGAUGCUAGCUCAAAGCACUUGCUACCAAAUGUUUCCAACACUCAUGUUGAAGAUAAUGAAGUCGGCAGACAUAAAUUGCAAGGGAAAGAAAGGUUUACAAGGUCUCCAGUUGAGGAUCGUUCCCCUUCACUGCUUAGACAUUCUCCACCUUCCCCCAGGCCAAGGAGCAAAUCAUUCUCAAACACCAGGAGCUCCUCAAGAUCUCGUUCCAGUGAAAGACUUAGAUCAAGGAGCAUAUCAAAAUCACCUAAGCAUCGAAGGCGAUCUCCUUCAGUUGAAACGCGUUCAUAUUCGCCAGUAAGGUCUUACCGUUACAAGCGUUCACCACGACAUGUUUGGUCACCUUCACGACGUAGAUCUCCUUAUUUAAGGCGAAGGUCACCCUUACCUGCUAGGCGAAUGUCACCAUCACCAAUUAGACGGAAGUCUCGAACUCCUAUUCGGCGUAGAUCUCUUUCACCUCAGUAUCAUAGAUCUCCAUCCUUUGUAAGGAGGAGGUCUCCCUCACCAGGACAAAGAUCACCUUCUUAUGUGCGACGGAGGUCUCCCCGUGUAAGACGGAGGUCGCCUUCUCCUUCUCGCCAUAGAUUGCCAUCUCCUCCUAGGAGGAGGUCCCCAAGAUAUCAUAGAAGAUCCCCUGCACCUUCAUAUAGAAGUCGUGAUGCAAAGGUUUCUCCUUACCAAAGAAGCUGGAGUCGAAGUCCAUACCCAAGUCAGAGUCCUCCACACAGAGGUCAUACUCGUAGAAGCUUGAGUAAGGAACCUAGAAACCGUGAUCGUGCUUCAGACAGGUAUCGAGAUGAAGAUGAAGUUCACAGGCCACGUGGAAGGAGAUCCCCAGAUGUCCAUUGUUUGGAAGGUGAAGAACAUUCUGGUGGGAGGCGAAAGGCUGAGUCAUCGGCUCGCCCACUGUCAACUUCUUUGAGGUCACCACAACGUGAUGUGAUGCCUCAACAUGAAGAACCAUAUCGUGGUAGGUACAAGUCACCUGUUUAUGCACGAAAGGCAGAUGUGAGUGAGGAUGAGAGCAAGCAAGAUCAACAUGGGACAAGAAGGCCACAUGUGGAAAGGCAAGAGAGAGGGGAUGCUUCAAAGAGAGCAAAUCGGCAUUCACAUAGGGUUCAUGACGGAAGCGAAUCUCUUCGGAGGAGUGAAUCCAGGGAGCAUUCUCCUGCUUCCUUAGGGGCCAAUUCGUCUCCUGGAAGUGAAGACCAUUUGGAGUUGUCUAAAUCAAUGAAGAGGAGUCACAGCCCAAGGAGGGAUGAUGGUUUUUGUCAGGACGAUUACUCAAAUAAGCCGAGUCGUUUGUCAUCUCAUAUCUCUGAAGACAUUGAAUAUGAGCCUGGCAGGCUAGAGAAAGAUGCCUCCCAGGAUCGGGCACCCGUUAGGCGGUCAUCUUCAAGACAACAUAUUAGGGAUGAUUUAUCCCCUGAAAAAGCAUUGAAUGGUGCAAAUACGACAUCAGAAAGAGGAUACAGAACAGAGAAAUUUGAUGAUGAUGAUUACAAGAGGGCAGUGGUGAAAAGAUCCAUAAGCAAUGUAGAAAAUACUUGUCGGAUGGACACAUAUGAAUCACAUGAUGAGGAAAAUGAGCGUUCUAGGCAUCACAGUUCAGACAGCAAAAAACAAAAGAGGGAAGGGAUUGAAAGAAAGCACAAGAAUCAUGAUGACAGUGAUGCCCUUUCACAUGAUGAUGAGAGGAAGGAAGCACAAAGGAGAAGGAAGGAAGACAAGAAAAUGUGGAAAGAGGAGAAAAGACGAAGGCGUGAAGAGCGGCACCGAAGAAGAGAAGAGCAACGUGCUAUCAAGAUGAAGGGCAGAUCUGAUAAUGCUCGUGAGAAAAGUCACAAAGAUGGUGACAUAUCGGAUGGUGAUGAAGGACAGGAAAUUUCUCAUCAAAGUGAUGCAGAGGAAACAGAGUUAGCGCAAACAAAGCUUGAGAUUGAGCUGCGAAAUAAAGCUCUUGAAUCGUUGAGGGCAAAAAAGGCUAUUAGCCCUUGAAUCUGUUUUUCUAAGAUUUUGAGCUAAUUUACUUUUGUAGAUCUAUAAUUGGAAACUGUUCUAUGUUGUGAACAAUGCACGUAUAUGAUUUUAGCUAUUAAAUUGAUGUAUUCUGUCUUUACUGGUGACAGUUAAGGUUGAUAUAUGUCGAUUGCCUGAGCUAGUCAUUGAUGCAAUCAUUUCCGACCUUUUGCUGCAUGGCUUUCUGAUCAAAAACUAUGAGCUAGGUCCGUUGGUUGAGCUGAAGUGGCAGCAAUUGCUUCUGAUGCCUUUUAUGAGGUUUAGUGUCUUACUGUUGGUUGCUUAGACAGACACCCAAGACACUAUUACCGUGCAUGCAUCAGAUGAUAUAAAUUUCAGUCUUCAUGCAUUUGUGCUGGUAUCUGCUCAGCCUCUUUGGAUGUUUUGAUUGUGUAUGUAUCCUGUUUUUCUUAAUACAUUAGGUUAAAUAAAAUCAUUCGGUUUCUCUGUCUUCCUGGUUAAUGCAUUGGUAGCCAUAUUUGAUGUUCAUUGUGAUGCUCUUUAAUGAGCCAUCCAGGAAAUGGCCUUUAUUUUAUUGUCUUUCCCAUACUGCAAUAGUCUUUGGCAGGUUUUUUUUAUCACUUCUGUUGAUGUAUUCUCUUUCUGUUUACGUAUAACAACCAGAAUUAUCGUAACCGUAGUUCCUAUCCACUCUGAAGCAUUUUAAAAUGAUUAACAAAAUGCAUGAAACAAUAUGUUAAGGUCAUUGCAGGAACUUGAAUAGUGAUUUCUGAACUUCUAUUGACAUUAUGUUUGUUAGACUGUCAGUUAUCAUCCAUGCAAGGUUUGAGAUUAACUCAAGUCACUUAUUAAUUUUGACUUGUAAUGUUGGAAAAAUAAGAAAAUUGUAAGAAGAAAAAUUAGAAAGAUUUUAUGAAACAUAAAGGCCUUUAAUCCCACGUUAAUAUGUUUGAAGCUGUAGGUGAUUAUGUACAGCAUAAAAAUCUGUAAGAUUACUAUGUACAGCAUAAAAAAUCUGUAAGAUUAUCAAGUAUUUCUAACAAAAUAAUUGGAAAUGGUAGAAUGUAAGCUACAAACAGUGUGUGCAAAAUGUAAAGAUUCUAACAUUACCUUGGUGGGCUGCAUCUUCUGUCACUGUUUCUGCUCUCUGGUGUAGCUUCGGUUUUCUCCUCCCAUUUAUUGUAGACUUGUCAGGUCGAUGUGUUCUAAAAUCCUAUAUUUUUGUGAGGUCAAAGGUGUGAAUGACCCUUUAUCCUGUUCCAAACUGUUCUGGGAUUAAAAAGGCCAUUGAUGUUUAAUGAAAAUGCUGCAAGUACUCAAAACUGAGCUUUUUUCAGGCACAUAAUUGCCUAAGAUGUCCCAGUUAUUAUGUACAUUUUAUUUUUGAACUUUUUCUGGGUGAAAUUUAAGGUGGAGGCAGGUGCGAUGUAUGUCAGCUAUCUAGACCCACUAUAAGUCUAUAUAUCUUUGUAUCUAUUAUGUUCUUCCACUGGAUGGAGAGUUAUACUCCAUUGCAUAUGGUACAUUCAUUGUGUGUUUUUUCUUCACAACAAUCUCGUUGAGUCCCCUCCUCCACCAAAGCUGGAGUUAUGCUAGUCCUAUUGUAUGUUAAUGCCUUCCCAUUUUGCUAUGAUUUAAAAGUGUGAUGGUUAAUUUUCUAGGGUAUAGGAUAAAUGGUGGGGCAGGGCCUACAUGACUGCCGGAAGAAAUUGUGGGGAUAUUGCAUAGUUGACGGUAUUUGCCACAACUUCUUUUUUGGUUCCCACGUUGCAACAUCUCAUAUAGUCUACAUUUCAAGCUUCAUAAGAAUUGCCAACUCAUUGGAUCCUCUGCACAUCCAUGUGACAUAGUCACCCAUGUGUGGCUUCACCUCUGCCCUAUUUUGUCUGGGUGACGCAAUAGUUGAAGUUCAUUUCUUGAUAAGCUUUUGGCAUGGAUAUUGCUGCACCUGAAGCUUCAUUUUUUUUCUGUGCAUUUGGUUGUUGAUAAAUGUAUAUGCUAAUAAGGUUUGACUGGCAUUGUUAUAUUCUGAUGCUUUGGUCACUGCUCUUUAACUUAGUCAUUUGUACUCAUCUA